AUGAGUACAAAAUCAUUAACUACUGGUAACAAUAAUGAAUUCGUGGACGAAAAAAAAAACCAAACCGUUCCUGAGGUGAAAAUAGAUGAUUUUCAAAAUAAUAAUGAAGGGGAAUCAGUAAAACAAAAAAAUGACAAUAAACCCACUCAAAACGGUUUACAUAUUAAAGUUCCUUCACGAAGUGGUUCUCCUCAAUUUGUUGCUUCCCCAAUUGAAAUGGAAGAAACCAAAGAUCCUGAACCUACAGUUUCACCAACUUCGACUUCGCCUAAAAAAAUUGUUCCUCCAAACCAAACUUCUCCAACAAGUAAAGGCGCCGAUAUUCUCAAGAGUGUUACCAAGAAAUUUGGAAACAUGAUGGGUAAACAUGAUUCCUCUGCAAAUGCUAGCGUUCAAAGUACCAUUUCAGAAGAGAAGGAUGCUGCUACUUCAGAUUCUACUGUUCAAAUUCAGCAAAAGGAAAACAAGGAUAAUGAUGUUGAUAAGUUGGAUAACGUUACAUCCGCUACGCCCGCUUCACCCGAAUCCAUCAUCGAAAGUUCCAACGAGAAUAACGAUAAAACUGCGGAUGCUGCGAGAUCCGCAGAAAACAACGAUGAAGGUCAAGAGAAGGAAAAACAGGAUACAACCGAAGCUACUGCCGCCAACAAAAGAAUGAAUUCCAUGAAUAAACUCGUUAAUAUGAAAAUGUUUUUUAAACGUACACCAACUGUCCUUGUUGAAAAACUUAAAGAAAAAUUCGAUGAACUUGAUAAACGUAUUUAUCCUGAAGUUGAUCCGGAAGAAGAGGAAGAGUUAAGUAGAAGUGCAAGAAAUGGAGGCGAGGAGACAAUAGCUAGCGAGCGGGAGCAAUUAUUAGAAGGUAGAGAUCAAGUUCCACCACCAGUACCUCCAAAAGAUCAUAUAACCACAAAUGGUGCCUCACAAACGAAGGAUGUCUUGGCUGAAAUCGGAGAAGCUCUGAAUGAACGUCAAGAAAAGCUUGAAAAUAUAUCUGAUAAAACCGAGACGUUAAAAAAUAAUGCUUCUAAUUUUGCUGAAUUGGCUAAGCAAUUGAGCAAACAACAUGAACAAAAGAACAAAUCUUGGAAAUUAUGGUAA